GAAGAAGGUUCGCUGGUGCUCGAGAUUUUCCGUCCGGUUCCGGUUUCAGGAAAAGAAACGGCACAACGGAGAGGAGAUAACUGAUUAAUACUCUCGUGAAGCCCAAUAUGGCUGUGGCCAUGAGCUCAACAUGCCCCGGUCUGUACUGUGGGAGGCUGAUGGUGAACGGAUCAGUGGAGGGAGACUGUGGGGUUUGUCCUCGAGGAGAGCGAGCCAACAUCCAGAAGGUGUGUGAACGUUGCAUUGAGUCCCCCGAGCUCUACGACUGGCUCUAUCUGGGCUUCAUGGCCAUGUUGCCUCUGGUGCUCCACUGGUUCUUUAUUGAGUGGUACUCUGGGAAGAAGAGUUCCAGCGCCCUGCUGCAGCACGUGACGGCCAUGCUGGAGUGCAGCCUGUCCGCUGUGGUCACCCUGCUGGUCACUGAGCCGGUGGGAAAGCUCAGCAUCCGUUCCUGUCGAGUCCAGAUGCUGUCAGACUGGUACACCAUGCUGUACAACCCCAGUCCGGACUACGUCAAGACGCUGCACUGCACACAGGAGGCUGUGUAUCCUCUCUACACCAUCGUGUUAAUCUACUACGCCUUCUGCCUGGUGCUGAUGAUGCUGCUGCGCCCUCUACUGGUGAAGAAAAUAGCGUGCGGUUUGGGCAAAUCCGACCGCUUUAAGAGCAUCUAUGCUGCGUUGUACUUCUUCCCCAUCCUCACCGUGCUGCAGGCCGUCGGAGGAGGACUGCUCUACUAUGCAUUCCCCUACAUCAUCCUGGUCCUGUCUCUGGUCACUCUGGCUGUUUACAUGUCUGCCUCUGAGAUCCAGUCUUUUAAGAACCUGGUGGCCAAGAAGAAGCGGCUGGUGGUCCUGUUCAGCCACUGGCUGCUGCACGCCUACGGCAUCAUCUCCAUCUCCCGGCUGGACAAGCUGGAGCAGGACCUGCCGCUGCUGGCCCUGGUGCCGGGGCCCGCCCUGUUUUACAUCGCCACGGCCAAGUUCACCGAGCCCAGCCGCAUCCUGUCCGAGGGGGGCAACGGCCACUGAGCCGUGGUCGUUAUCGGACCAACGGCAAUCAAAUUGUUCAUAAAGAAAAUACCGAGAAACACUCGAAGGAACAUGUCUGAUAUUCACCUGUUGUAAAUAUGAGUUGAUCUCUUUUCAGAGAAUCUGAUUCUGUUUGAUUCUGUUUCAUCCCAGUACUGGUGUGAGUACAGUAAUCUGAGUGUGACUGUUACUUUAUGUCUGUCCUCAUGACCAGACGGCCAAUUAGUCCACUUUGGGAUACACAGGAGUUAACUCUAAUUGAUAUUUAUGAAAUACUGUAAUGACAGAGCAUGUUGGGUAUAAACAUGUUUAGAAGGACUUCCCUCCUUUUAUAACCCGUGAAACCAACCAUUUCUGCUCC